AAAAAAAAAACAACACUAGGCUGUAUUGGUUCUAAUGUCUUUGCCUAUAUAAUAUUUUAGGUUAGUUUUAGCGAUGUUUUAAAAAUAUUUAUAAUUUUUUGCUCAUGAAGGAUUUUUUUUAUAUGCUUAUUCUAAAAAUCAGGAAAAAUGCAAGUGUUUGAAAUAGAUAAUGUAAAAAUUUACAAUCUCAGCAGUGGAAAAUCAUUACCAGAUUGGCUAACAGAGAGAAAAAAACGAGCUUUGUUGAAGAAAAAUGUAGACCUCAGGAGAAGAAUUGAACUUAUUCAGGAAUUUGAUAUGCCUGGUGUGAGUACCAGCUUGCGAGUUUCUAAAGAUGGACAGUAUAUUAUGGCAACAGGUAUCUACAAACCAAGAAUCAAAUGUUUUGAUGUUAACAAUUUGUCUCUGAAAUUCGAGAGAUGCUUAGAUUCUGAAGUAGUCACAUUUGAAAUUCUAAGUGAUGAUUACACAAAGAUUGUAUUCUUACAAUGUGACCGUUACAUUGAAUUCCACGUUGGACAUGGCAGGCACUAUCGGUUAAGAGUUCCACGUUUUGGAAGAGAUAUAGCUUAUCACCGUCCAUCUUGUGACUUAUUUGUUGUUGGUGCAUCCUCAGAAAUUUACAGAUUAAAUCUAGAACUGGGUCAAUUUUUAGCACCAUAUGUGACAAAAGCAACUGAAAUAAACUGCUGUACUGUCAAUGAAAGUCAUGGUUUAGUAAUAACAGGUAGUGGAAGUGGACAUGUGGAAGCAUGGGACCCUCGUACUAAAACUAGGCAAGGAAUAUUAGAUUGUGCUAUACAUUGUACAGACUAUGAUUAUCGAAAUGACAGUUUACCAGCUAUAACAUCUCUGAAAUUUGAUGAUGCCCUUAAGAUGGGUGUGGGAACAUCAACUGGCCAUGUCUUAUUAUAUGAUAUAAGAUCAAGUAAACCUCUAUUAAUUAAAGAUCAUCUGAAUGAAAUGCCUAUCAAAAAUAUAGAAUUCCACAAACAAAUGGACUAUGUAUACACUAUGGAUGCGAAAGUUGUGAAGAUUUGGGACAAAAAUACUGGUAAACAGUACACAAGUAUUGAGUCAUCAGUAGAUUUUAAUGAUUUAUGUGUUAUUCCAAAUACUGGUCUAAGUAUGAUGGCAGUUGAAGAACAAAAAAUGCAAAUAUAUUACAUUCCUUCUUUAGGGCCUGCACCAAGGUGGUGUGCAUUCUUAGAUAACUUGACAGAAGAGUUAGAAAGUUCAGCUGCACAGACAGUGUAUGAUGAUUACAAAUUUGUAACAAAACAAGAGUUGGAGUCUCUUGGUUUAGAUCACCUGCUUGGAACAAAUCUUUUAAGAGCUUAUAUGCAUGGGUAUUUUGUGGACGUGAGAUUAUACAAGAGAGCAAAAUCAAUAGCAGAUCCGUUUGCAUUUGAAGAAUACAAGAAACGGAAAAUAAGAGAAAAGAUUGAACAAGAACGACCAUCUCGAAUCAAAAUUGAAGAUAACUUACCGAAAGUUAAUAAAGACUUGGCUUCUCGGCUUAUGGAUAUUGAUGCUCAUAAGAAAAAACAACCUACCAAUUUAUUAAAAGACGAUAGAUUUAAGGCACUAUUUGAAAAUCCAGACUUUGAAGUUGACAAAGAGGCGGAAGAAUAUAAACUACUUAAUCCAGUUCUAUCUAGACUUGAUAAAAACAAAGUUAAAACCAAGAGUGUUAAUACAGAUAUUGUACAGAAUAUUGAAGAACAAGAAGAUAAAGAUUCCGACAUAGAAUUGUAUGAAUCAACUGAAGAAAGUUCCGACGAAGAUCGUUCGUGGGUAAAGGAAGUUAAGAAACAACACAAAAUCAUAAAAUAUAAAAAACAAGAUGUAGAUCAGUUAGAUAACUCUAAUAAGGAAAGUAUAUACGAAUUAAACCAAGCUCCAAAAAUUACAAGUAAUAUUAGAAGUAUAACAAAAGUAAGUAAAGCAAGCUUAGGUGAUCGCCUAGCUAAAGAGGGUUACUCAGCUAUGGUGACUGGAACAGGAGGCAACAGGGAGAUGAAGUUUACAAUGCGAGGAAAGAAAUCUGAAUCAGAAAAACAUAAAAAAAUGAAAAAGCAUUAUCAAGAAAGGAAACAGAUUGUUCGAAAAACAGGAUUUUUAACAAAAAGAAAGUUGCCGAAAAUGUUAUAACAACAUAUACUUGCAUAAUAUUUAAUUACUAUAGAUCAUGAGCGGUCUGGACAAAAGUGAAUCACUCCGUAAAGUGGUACAUAUAUUUUUAUUUGUUAAGAAUAAAUACAUGUAAUAUUCUUAUGUAUAAUAUAAUAU